ACACACACACACCACCUGCCAGCAUGUCCUUCCAAUCAACCGCACCCACCACCAGCACGGCCUCCUUGUCUGUCACAUCUCUCUUUGACGUUGCAGGCAAACGCAUCCUUAUCACCGGCGGCGGUUCGGGACUGGGAAGCUAUGCUGCGCUAGGUCUCGCCUUGCACGGGGCCAAGGUGUUCAUCGUCGGGCGCAGGGAGGAGAAAUUGGCGAGCGUGAAGAAGGAUUUUGAGAAGAGGCGGGGCGACGAGGGCGCUCCGCAGGCUGCUGCUCAGGGCGAGGUCAUAGCCCUCCCUGGCGACGUCUCGUCCAAGGAAGGUCUGGACAAGCUUGUGGCCGAAUAUCGCAAGCAUGAGGAGCACCUCGACGUGCUUGUGAAUGGCGCAGGGGUCAAUGGCGACUGGAUCAAGCUCAAGCCCGAGGACAAGGACGACACCAGCAAGGUCCACGCAUCCCUCUACGACGAGGAGUGGUCCAACUGGAGCAACACGCUCAACGUCAAUACGGUCUCGCCCUAUUUCACAACACUCGCCUUUGUGCCUCUCCUAGCCCGCAGCAAGACUCCCUCUCUGCGCGAUGAGGGACCCUGCGUCCUGCUGGUCACCUCCAUCGCUGCAGAACACAUUGCGCGUAACCACUCCAUCUCGCACGUCUAUCAGACGUCCAAGGACGCGGAGGAAAAGGUGGCCAAGCUGCUCGCCGUGAGGCUGCAGCCGUACAAGAUUCGGGUCAACUCGAUUGCUCCCGGAAUCUAUCCCUCGGAGAUGACCAAUCAUCCCACGGCCGAGUCCUUCAUGGAAAAGGCCAAGACGAUGGUCCCCUACAUUCAGCGCAGCGGGACGCCCGAGGACUUUGUGGGCUUGAUGCUCUUUCUCACCUCGCGGGCGGGGGCGUACCUCAAUGGCUCGCAGAUUGUCACUGACGGUGGGAGGUUGCUCGUCCAGUCGGGAGCGUAGAGGCGCCGCCAUGACGAUGUUG